AGAAAGCGCCGGCCCGCAUUGUCGAAGGGGAAAAGAGAGAGAGAGAGAGAUCGGAGUUGGAUUGAAGUACUUCGAUCGCGAUGGUGGGAGCGGCGGAGGAAGCGCAGCUGAAUCGGAUCGAGAGCCAGGUCGACAAUGGCGGUGGUGGUGCGUGGGAGUACCUUUGCCUUGUUCGCAAGCUCAAGGCUCGACGCCCUGACAAGGUGCUCAAACACGGACUCUUCAUCCUCAACAAUCCCAAGGCCCGAUCCAACCUCGGUACUGAAGAAUGGACUCUUUAUGAGCAAGUGGCUAUUGCCGCUAUGGACUGCCAAAGGGUGGAUAUUGCAAAGGAUUGUAUAUCAGUUCUCUCAAAUAAAUUUCCUGGAAGCACAAGGGUUGGCAGAUUAGAAGGCAUGUUACUUGAAGCAAAUGGAGCAUGGGCUGAUGCUGAAACAACUUACAGACGCCUUUUAGAGGAGAACCCAAAUGAUCAAGUUGUACAAAAGAGAAUGAUUGCCAUGGCGAAGGCACUAGGAAACAUUUCUACCGCUGUUGAAUAUCUGAACAAGUACCUAGAAAUAUUUAUGGCAGAUCAGGAUGCAUGGAGAGAACUUGCUGAGAUUUAUGUUUCCCUUCAAAUGUACAAGCAAGCAGCCUACUGUUAUGAGGAGCUAAUAUUAUGCCAACCAACAGUUCCUCUGCAUCAUCUAGCUUACGCCGAGGUUCUUUAUACGAUGGGUGGAUUGGAAAAUCUACAAAUGGCAAAAAAAUACUAUGCUUCUGCCAUUAAUUUUACCGGGGGGAAGAACACAAGAGCUCUGUAUGGCUUAUGCUUGUGUAGCGUUGCUAUCAACCAAAUAACUAAAGGCCGGAACAAGGAAGACAAAGAGAGUCCCGAGCUACAAUAUCUCACAGCAGAAGCCUUGGUGAAGGAUUACAAAGAAAAAGCUCCUGCAAAGUUGACACUUGUUACAAACACACUCAAAAGCAUGAAACUCAUUUCCUGAUUUCGUACUUAUAUUAGUCCUCGGAACUUUUUGUUUUAGUUAAGUUCGAAAGAUAGAUGCUAUAAAAUCGCAAAAUUUUGUACUGCAACAAUUUCAUCAACCUCUGAUGAACAAUCUUAGGUGUGACUUGUAUAAUUAACACGAGUUUCUUCGAUUUCAUGAAUGCUGUGAAGGAGGCAGUACUACAUUUGCUGUUGAUGUUCAAGAUUAUCAAUUAUGAAAUACUUUUGUUGCAA